AACGCGCAGUCUAUAUAUUAUACGUCUAUGGUUUCUUCAACACGACCGGUUUUCAACUCUGGUUUCCCUUCAACACACGACCGGUUUUCAGCGAAUCGUAUAUUUUCUUUUGACGAAGUUAGGAGUCUUUGCGCGAAUGUUAUGAAAAAGAGUCGGAUGAUAAACAAAUGUCUGACAAAUGUGUCGGUUAGACGUCGGUGUUCGAGGACAACAACAAGUGCAUCUCCGGAAGAUGACGAGAAGUCAACACACUUUGGUUACCAAAGCGUCAAAGAAAGUGAAAAAGGAAAGAAAGUGUAUGACGUAUUUGAGAAUGUCGCCAAAUCUUACGACACAAUGAAUGACGCGAUGAGUUUGGGUAUCCAUCGUAUUUGGAAAGAUAUUUUUGUUCAGGAAUUAGGACCCACUCACGGUACCAGUCUCUUGGAUUCUGCCGGUGGCACAGGUGACAUUACAUUUCGGUACAUGAAUUUUCUAAGGAAAACACCAAACCCACACAACAUACGUAGUCACGUAACUGUGUGCGAUAUAAAUCAGAAUAUGCUAGAUGUUGGAAAAGAGCGAGCGAAUAAAUUAGGUUUGUCGCGGCAGAGUAAUUGCAGUAUCACGUGGAAGCUGGAGGACGCGGAGAAUCUCUCAUUUCCUGAAGACUCUUUCACCGCCUAUACGAUAGCAUACGGAAUAAGAAACGUGACGCAUAUCGACAAGGCGUUGUCCGAGGCGUACAGGGUCUUAAAGCCGGGAGGAAGAUUCUUGUGCUUGGAAUUUAGCCACAUUACCAACGAAUCUUUGAAAUGGUUGUAUGAUCAAUAUUCUUUUCAAAUAAUACCUGUGAUGGGACAUCUGAUCACGGGACAAUGGAACGCUUAUCAGUAUCUCGUGGAAAGCAUAAGAAGAUUUCCGAAGCAGGAGGAAUUCAAGGAUAUGAUAGAAACUGCGGGAUUUAGAAACGUGACGUACACCAAUCUCACGUUUGGCAUAGUGGCUAUUCACUCGGGCUUUAAGUUAUAAAAAAUAAAAUUUAUUAACAAAAUAAAACACAAAUGGGUUUUGAGAGAAGAUUCGCGAAAGGCGGUAUAUUAGCUCAUACAAGUGCAAGCAAAACUUCACUGAAGGAGCGACAAUAUCAAAAAAUAGUUCACGGCAAUUUAGAUUCUCUAAACGACGUGUACAAAAAACCCGAAUUUCACCGCUGGUUCACAUUUAAGCUACUGCCACCUGUCCGAGUGUGAAAUUCACUUGCCUACUGCGUAAUAUAUCGCUCUAUGCCUGCAACCUGCUACAUUGCGUAAGAGUCGUGCGACUCUUGGGUGCCUCGUACUUAAGAUUAUGCUACCACCAAUGCCUAUCGCGAUUUACGCGCUUCUGCGCGGGUCGGUUCCGCUCUCUCUCUCGUAAAUGGACCCUUAGCAGAUUUAGAUAUCAAACAUACGCGCGACGACACUUUUGACAAGAUAAAUAGAUAAAGAAAGACGAGCGCUUUCUUGAAACUGAACUAUGUGCGCGAAUUUAUGUCAGGGAUAUCAGAAUUUUUUUUAGAUUUUUAGAUAGUCCCGCGAUCAGCAGAACCGAAGAAUAACCUGAUGAAAAGCACGAAGAGUAACGAUAAAAGUACCAUAGUAAAAACCUGAAGAUAACAAAAAACAAAAAAAAAAAAUAAAACAAACAGAAGAGGAUGGAAAGCGGAAAACGGGAAAGCGGAAGUUUUCAACGCUCCGAUAAUCGGGGGGGAAGAGGGAGGAGAGAGACAACGCGACCUAGUGAGGAGAAGAGAUGUCGUGUCUCCUCUAUUAUAACGACGACGAAUCGAAGGCCGCGUCUAGGCGAGGAGGGAUUCACAUUCUACGUGGCGUAAUAUCUAAAUGCGUCAUGCGCGGCGGUGCUUUCUCUCUAGGAGGUGAAAAUUCUUAACUUUCUUCGACUAUAGAGCAUUCCCGCCUGUCGAUGAUGCUUUGGACGCGCUCCCACAGACUUUUUCAGCGUGCAUACUCACUCAGGUUUGUCUAUUAUCGACGACGACGACGACGACGCGCACGUUUUCCCUUACUUCCCGGUGUUACUGGCGCCGAUGUGUGCGAACGGUAUUCCCGAUAAGUUAUAUCACCGCUGAUAUCUCCGAUUUUUCCGUUGGCACAAAACUCGCCGUUUUUUUUUUUUUCACGCGAAACACGUAUUUCGGUGCGCGUGUAUAUACGCAAAUUUGUGUUUAUGUUUUAGACUUCAACCACGUCUCGAGAGAGAGAGACAUUCAAUUCAAUGCUGAAUUAACAUCCGAAUGUUCGAGACUAUUUUUGUCUAUCGUUUAAAAUCGGUUCUCUCUUCCGCGCCGAGAGAGAGAGAGAGAGAAAGAGAGAACGUACAGAGAGAUCGCACAACACAAAAGACAGGUA